UGGGCCCGAGCCGCCCCAGCCCUGGCUCCUCUCCCCGGAACAGGCCCCCGACAGCUGCGCGCGGGAGCCGCCUCCCGACACCCGAGCCUCGCCGGCGCCUCCCCGCUCCCGGCUCCUGGCUCCCUGCGCCUCCCCCGCCCCUCGCCCAGCAGCCGAGGAGGCCCCGCUCCGGGGUCGCACGCAGGGGUCUUCCGGGAAGAGCGAUGAGAGAGAUGCUGCCUCCACCCCCUUAGGCCUGAGGAGUCAGGAGCUAUGGGGCCAGGGGCCCUCUCAUCUCUACUGUUGCUGUCGCUGCUCUUAGUGGCAACUGGAGAUGCUGACAUGAAAGGACAUUUUGAUCCUGCCAAGUGCCGCUAUGCCCUGGGCAUGCAAGACAGGACCAUUCCAGAUGGGGACAUCUCUGCCUCCAGCUCCUGGUCAGACUCUACUGCUGCUCGCCACAGCAGGCUGGAGAGCAGCGACGGGGAUGGGGCAUGGUGUCCUGCAGGGCCUGUCUUUCCAAAGGAAGAGGAGUACCUGCAGGUGGAUCUGCGGAGGCUGCACCUGGUAGCUUUGGUGGGCACCCAGGGGCGGCAUGCUGGAGGCCUGGGCAAAGAGUUCUCCCCCAGCUACCGGCUACGUUACUCCCGAGAUGGCCACCGCUGGAUGGACUGGAGGGAUCGCUGGGGUCAGGAGGUGAUUUUAGGUAAUGAGGACCCUGGGGGAGUGGUACUGAAGGACCUUGGACCCCCCAUGGUGGCCCGACUGGUUCGCUUCUACCCCCGAGCUGACCGGGUCAUGAGUGUCUGUCUGCGGGUGGAGCUCUAUGGCUGCCUCUGGAAGGAUGGACUCCUGUCUUACACAGCCCCUGUGGGGCAGACGAUGUACUUAUCUGAGGCAGUGCACCUCAAUGACUCCACCUACGAUGGACAUACCACACACGCUGUUGGCGGGUUGCUAUAUGGAGGUCUGGGUCAGCUGGCAGAUGGUGUGGUGGGGCUGGAUGACUUUAGGAAGAGCCAGGAGCUGCGGGUCUGGCCAGGCUAUGAUUAUGUGGGAUGGAGCAACCACAGCUUCCCAGGCGGCUACGUGGAGAUGGAGUUUGAGUUUGACCGACUGAGGGCUUUCCAGGCCAUGCAGGUCCACUGUAACAACAUGCACACCCUGGGAGCCCGCCUGCCUGGUGGGGUGGAAUGUCGCUUCAAGCGGGGCCCUGCCAUGGCCUGGGAGGGGGAGCCUGUGCGCCAUGCCCUGGGGGGCAGCCUGGGGGACCCCAGAGCCCGGGCUGUGUCAGUGCCCCUGGGCGGCCGCGUGGGCCGCUUUCUGCAGUGCCGCUUCCUCUUUGCUGGGCCUUGGUUACUCUUCAGCGAAAUCUCCUUCAUCUCCGAUGUUGUGAAUGACUCCUCUCCAACUUUGGGGGGCACCUUCCCACCAGCUCCCUGGUGGCCACCUGGCCCACCUCCCACAAACUUCAGUAGCUUGGAGCUGGAACCCAGGGGCCAGCAACCUGUGGCCAAGGCUGAGGGGAGCCCGACUGCCAUCCUCAUUGGCUGUUUGGUGGCCAUCAUCUUGCUGCUGCUGCUCAUCAUUGCCCUCAUGCUGUGGCGGCUGCACUGGCGCAGACUCCUCAGCAAGGCUGAGCGCCGGGUAUUAGAAGAGGAGCUGACAGUUCAUCUGUCUGUCCCUGGGGACACCAUCCUCAUCAACAACCGCCCAGGCCCUCUUGAACCACCCCCUUACCAGGAGCCCCGGCCUCGUGGGAAUCCGCCCCACUCUGCUCCCAGUGUUCCCAAUGGCUCUGCGUUGCUGCUCUCCAAUCCAGCCUACCGCCUCCUUCUGGCCACUUACGCCCGUCCCCCUCGAGGCCCCGGCCCCCCCACACCCGCCUGGGCCAAACCCACCAACACCCAGGCCUGCAGUGGGGACUAUAUGGAGCCUGAGAAGCCGGGUGCCCCGCUUCUUCCCCCACCUCCCCAGAACAGCGUGCCCCAUUAUGCCGAGGCUGACAUUGUCACCCUGCAGGGCGUCACUGGGGGCAACACCUACGCUGUGCCUGCACUGCCCCCAGGGGCUGCUGGGGAUGGGCCUCCCAGAGUGGAUUUCCCUCGGUCUCGGCUCCGCUUCAAGGAGAAGCUUGGUGAGGGACAAUUUGGGGAGGUACAUCUGUGUGAGGUAGAGAAUCCUCAAGAUCUGGUCAGUCUUGAUUUCCCCAUUAAUGUGUGCAAGGGCCACCCUUUGCUGGUAGCUGUCAAGAUCCUACGGCCAGAUGCCACCAAGAAUGCCAGGAACGAUUUCCUGAAGGAAGUGAAGAUCAUGUCGAGGCUAAAGGACCCAAAUAUCAUCCGGCUCCUGGGCGUGUGUGUGCAGGAUGACCCUCUCUGCAUGAUUACUGAUUACAUGGAGAAUGGUGACCUCAACCAGUUCCUCAGUGCCCACCAGCUAGAGGACAAGGCGACUGAGGGCCCCCCCGGGGAUGGGGAGGCUGCCCAGGGGCCCACCAUCAGCUACCCCAUGCUGCUACACGUGGCAGCUCAGAUUGCCUCGGGCAUGCGCUAUCUGGCCACCCUCAACUUUGUGCAUCGGGACCUGGCCACAAGGAACUGCCUGGUUGGGGAAAAUUUCACCAUUAAAAUCGCUGACUUUGGCAUGAGCCGGAACCUCUACGCUGGGGACUAUUACCGAGUACAGGGCCGGGCAGUGCUGCCUAUCCGGUGGAUGGCUUGGGAAUGCAUCCUCAUGGGGAAGUUCACGACUGCAAGUGAUGUGUGGGCAUUUGGGGUGACCCUGUGGGAGGUGCUGAUGCUCUGCCGGGCCCAGCCCUUUGGGCAGCUCACUGAUGAGCAAGUCAUCGAGAACGCAGGGGAGUUCUUCCGGGACCAGGGCCGGCAGGUAUACCUGUCUCGGCCCCCUGCCUGCCCACUAGGCCUGUAUGAGCUGAUGCUUCGGUGCUGGAGCCGGGAGCCUGAGCAGCGACCACCCUUUUCCCAGCUACAUAGGUUUCUGGCAGAAGAUGCUCUCAACACAGUGUGAAUCACACACCCAGCUGCCCCUUCCUCAGGGAGGAUUCAGGUGAAGCCAGAGGCAAUAAACAAGAGGAUUUAACAUCACCCCCACUCCAUUCCCAUUCCCGACCACCCUUCACCUCUGAGAGAGAGGCAGUGUGACCAUAGGUGGGCUGGGCCUGCCAGGGAGCUGAUGCCUUCCCUUCCUCGGACACACUCUCAUUUCCCCUUCCUGCUCCCCUCCUGGAAGCCUCGGCCACCCACCCAGCUGGCCCUGUGGAUGGGAUCCUCUCUGACCUCUUCUAGUCAUCCCUGGGGGGUAAGAUGGGGGCAAAUGUAGGGCAGACACUGGAUAAGGCCUAUUGGAGCACCUGGGCCCCACUGGACAACACUGGUUCCUGGAGAGAAGGCUGUGGCCUCCCCAGCCUCUCUUUCCGUCACACACUGGACCCCACUGGCUAAUAACCUGGGGAUGAGGAGGACAAGAAAGGGAGGAUGUUCCCGUGUUGCCUUGUUCUUACUCCUGGAAUGGUCCUUGGCUUUGGCUUCUCCCUCCUCUAUCCUCUGAAACACUGGACCUGGGGGUGAUUCCUGUCCCCUCCCCCCCACCCCCCUCCAGCCAUCCCUACUUCCCACCUGCUGUGUUGUAGCUAGAACUUCUCUCAGCCUGUAUGUUUCUGUGGAUUAAGUACUGGGAUUAGGGGAAAAGAGGGAGCAAGGGCCUGUGGCCUUGGGGUUGGACAUCUCUGUUGUAGCUGCCAUAUUGGUUUUUCUAUAAUCACUUGGGGUUUGUACAUUUUUGGGGGGAGAGACACAGAUUUUUACACUAAUAUAUGGAUCUAGCUCAAUGCAAUUUUAAUAUCCUGCACUAGGCAGGUAAUAAUAAAGGUUGAGUUUUCCACA